CGUUUCAAGUGGGUCCAAAGUUCCCACAGACUUUAGUUCAGUGUGUUGUUUACCGGAGUCCAAGAUACACGCCUGUACCCCAGAGAAGUUGAAUUGCAGAAGGUGUACUUUUCAUUCCGUUGUAUUGUGGGGAAUUGACUGCAUCGGAUUUCUGACAUCGUCGCAUUCCUACAUGACGUUCGUAUUCUUUGCUAACCUUCGGGCUAUCUUGAAAGAAGGUUAAUUAGGAAAUUAUUCCUGCAAAACGAGCAUUACGAAGCAAUAUCAUUUAGUUCCGACGUAGAAUGUACGAAUCUCUCGGACGAACACAGCGACUCGAAUGCGAAAAGAUCUUCCAUAGCCUGCCAAUUCUCUCGGCCGCGAUCGGAAGUGUACGUGCGACAUGAACAGUCGGGUAUUCGCCCUCAACCGACCGCCAGUAGUUGCCUGGAAUGUGGAACCUCAGCUUCAAUUGCCGUACGCUGACAUGCCCGCUGCUGCCGCUAUUUCGCCUAUCGUGCCCGGAGCUUCCGACCCAUACGGCCGUUGUUGGCAGAACCAAGUCGACGCUGGUACAAGUUUUCCAUAUUUUGGAACAUUAUAUAACAAUUCUUUACCUCCUGCUGCUUACCAUCUGCAACCAGGCUGCAUGGCAAAUUUAGGACAGUUUUGGCCUCCUACACCGCCACCAGAUGGUUGUGGUAGGUUUGAUGGAAGCAAUUUAUACUUUGGGCCACCAGUUCUUAGGCAUACAGAAAAUGUUUCUUCUAAUCUGCAUAGUUCAUUUCAAAAUCUUGGACAUUAUUCUCAUCUUCUUGAAACUCCUAAAGAAUCAAGUCAGCUUGUGUUCAAGAGAGAAACUCCCAUUUCACCCAAUGUGAGUACAUCAAAUGUAUCUGUGUGCUCUCCUGUAGUGAAGUCUGAAAAUUUAAAUUCAUAUUGUGUUGAUAGCAAGUUAAAGUCUCAAGUCUGUGUCCCAAGCAAUCUCUCAAAGCGAGAAUUUCGUUCAGCUCAAUCUCCUGGUCAAGACCCCUAUUUCUGUGUGACUGAUUACAGAAACUGCUCAAGUGCACAUCCAUCCACAGAUAAAGCACGUUUUUCUCCAUCAUGUUCAUUGAAAAAUAACUUUCAUGGAUCUUCUCAGGAUAAUCUAUAUAAAUCUAAGGCUAUUAAUGGAACCCAGGAAAACACCUGCAAUGCCUCACCAUUGAAAAAUGUAUAUUUUUCACAUUUUGAAAGUGAAAAUGUGAAUACUCCACAAUGCAAAAAGUUUAGUAAAAUCAGCGAUGGGCAGUCUCAUUUAGGUUUCAGGAAAAAUUUGCAAGAAGUGACCAAAACUAAACAUUCUCCUCAUUCUUUAGAUAGUUUUUUGUUGCAUACUAAUCACUUGUCUAAGAAAUACAACUUUGACACCUCAGCUUCACCAGAGAGUCGUAGACCGAAAGAUAGUAUUUGCAAGGUCAAGUCUGAGAAAAGCAGUCCAUCCGACUGCAAAUUUCAGAAGUUAGAAUCGAAAGAUUCUGUUAUAUAUAAAGUCCCAGAGUGUAGAAAUUCUGUGUUCAACAUCCCUACCUCAGUUGCUCAUUUGAAAGUAGAGCCAAGUGAUAAAUAUUUUUUACCUAGCUGUUCUUCCACUCCACAGAGUUGUGUUGCUACAUCAUAUGCAAAAUCGGGUCCAUUAGUCUUGAUCAACAGAGAGAUACCUCCUGAAUUAAGGACAGGUGCUACUUACCAUAAUAGGGUAUAUUCAAACCCAUGUUCUCUUAGCAAAUCUUGGCAGUAUAAUGAUACAGCCAUUGCAAGUCCAGAUAAAUAUUCUAAACCUCAAGAAGCAGCAAAACCACCUACUCGAGAUAUGCCACAGGCCAACUCCACAUUGCUCGAAGGCUUAAUAUCUGUUGCUCAAACUGCUCCUCAAGACAUUGAUGUCUUGGGAAUGGACAGAAAAUUGCAGCGCAGUGAAUUUCCUUGCACUUCUCUUAAACCUUCUGAGACAUCUGAACCUGAUGAUGAUGUUCAGAUAAUCAGUAUUCAGACCAAGACUCCUCUGUCACCUAAAUGUAGUGUAAACCAUACUUCCGUUAUAAAGACAAGCUGCUCUUCAUCUUCUGAUAUCAAGCCUCUCAUUUCAAAGGAUGCUAAAGAAGAGCAAAUUAAUAUUCAAAGUCUUCAUCCUACCUCCUCUUGUCAGAAUAGUAAAGUGGAAGAUCAGGAAAUUCAAGAUUUGAGUAUGAAAUCAUCAGUAAGAAGUGAUCAAAAAGUUAAUGAAAAACAGGUCUUGUGUGAUAAUUCUGAUUCAGACUGUGAGAUUACUGGUUUAGUGAUUAAUGAGCGUAAUAAAAUAAGUGUUAAACAAAACAGUUAUAAACAGGUCACAAUAAAAAGCGAAAGAACAUCAGACAAUUUGAGUGAUUGUGAGGAUGUUACGAGAAAAGAGUUAGUACAAGAAAAAGACACUCUCUCUAAUGUGAAGCAUUGUCCUGUUCUUGAAAGCAAACAAGAAAUAAAGACUGAUAAUAACAUUGGCUGCAUUCGUGCUUCUAGUUUAACCAGUUGUGUUAAAAAUGUUGCAUUUGAUCCAUCUUCAGUAUGUGUUCCAGAUAUAGAUGAAAAUCAUGGUCUCACAUUGUUAUUAAACACAAUUGAAAAAAUUACGUCAUUUGAAAAAAGAGACAUUUCUGUUCAUUCUGAUAAAUCUCAUUUAACUGAAAUUGAUUAUCAACCUGGAAUUUACACACGGCCAGAGUUUUCAAAAACCUAUGGUUUAGAUUUGUUAUCAACAAUUGCCGGUGAACGUUUGAUAGCAGAAUUCAAAACCGUUGAUUCUGAAUCCAGUAUUUCUUAUGAAAAUGCAUCUAACUGUUCUAAUGAGAAAGAGGAUGCCAAGCUCGUAUCCAAUGAAGAGCAAUUAAAAUGUGUUGAAAAUUCAGUAAACAGUCAGAAAACAUCUGUCUUGGAGAUGCAAGGCAGGCUGGUUGAAUUGCAAGAGAAAUACAAGCAAAAGCAAAAAGAGCUCUCACGUUUAAAAUCAAAGAGGUUAUCUGGUGGUUAUUUAAAAAGAAGACAUAAAUGCACAAAGAGGCUAUCAGAAACCUCAACUGUAUCAAAUAGCACUGCUUCGAGUACAGAUUUAAGUAGCAUUGUUUCUUGUCCAAAUAGUGACCAGGGCUUCCUGACUUCUGAGAAUGAAAUGUCAUUUGAAAUAAAAUCAGAAAAGGUUGAAAAUGAUGACACUGAAGCAAAGAAAAGUGUGAAGAAAAAUGCUCCUGAGGUUCUGAAAAACGAAUUGUUACCAAAAUCUGAUUUAAAUUUAACAGAGAAGAGAAUUACAAGAAGAAGUUGUAAGAAAUACAAUAUAAAGUGUAUCACUAUAAAGUCAUCUGAUGAAGAUUUAGCAACUCCAGAAAAGCCAAAAAGAGUUAAAAAGAAGAAUGUUGUAAAUAUGGAAGAGAGUCAAAAUUCAAAAGAUCGUUUGAAUGAAGAAGUUUCUAAAGCAACCAAUAACCACUCUGACAAUAAGAAUACCAAAGUCUAUUCCUUACGUCAUUUAUCACAGAAUCUUAGUAAGAAGUGUAAAAGAUCACUUUUAUUAGAUGAUUCAGUUUCAGUUUCAAAGACUGUACCGAGUAAGAGAAAAUCUGAUAAUCCGAAGAAAUUCAUGCCUUCCAAACAAAGUAAACUUAGUGAGACUAUAAUUGCCAAACACUUGAGAAGCAGGAUAUUAUUUGAUACUUCUGGUUCUCUAUCAGAUGACAAUGAUCUAAAGCAGGAUGGAGUUCCUGAAGAAUUAUAUGAUGCUUUCAUGAAGUGUAAUUUAGAUGAAAGGAAAAAUGUUGGUAUGAUAAAGAAAACAUGUGUAGCAUCUCAAGAUCCUUUGGGCUCACCAGCACCUAGCAGAUUAAAAGCUGAACACUUAAUAGAGAAACAGCGUUUAUUAGCAUUGGAAGAUGGCUUAUUUUAUGCAGGGUGUAUUAAAGAGCUUCAGUUGUCUGACAAAUAUGGCAUUGCUUUAGAUGGACAACGAGGCAAUAAACUUCAUUCUUUCUCACGAGAAGAAUUGCUGUCACAAGCAAUUACAGAAUCAAAGCCUUUGACUUCAGAUCUUCCAGAAGGUACUAGAGUAUGUGCAUACUGGAGCCAACAGUAUCGAUGUUUAUAUCCAGGUGUUGUUGGAAAAGCACCAUCUCCAAGUGCUGACUGGUCGGAGCCAAGGGUGUUUGUAUUAUUUGAUGAUGGAGAUUCAGGGCAAAUCCCUAUAAAAAACAUCAGAUUGAUACCAACAGAUAUUUUACCUCAUGAACCUGGGCAGAAAGUGGAUUCUCAAAUGACAUCAUCCAAGAAUGCAGAUAAUUCUCUCAAAAGAUGCACCAGAAGACAAACUUCAAGGACACGAAGUUUCGAUAUGAAGAUGAAAAAAUGUGAUACUUCUAAUGAGAAUGAAUCCAAAGAAUCAAGUUGCACUAGUGUCAAUGAAUCAUCUUGCGAUGAUAGCUGUUUCGUUGAAUGUCACCUUUCGCCUAGUCAAACUUGUGAAAACCAUGACAGUAUUGAAACCAGUGAUGCAGUAAUAAACAGCAUAAAUGCUUCUAAAUCAGAAAAAAAGCAAAGAAAACGGUCAAAAUGUAAAACUAUUCGUCGAAUAAGACCCAAGGAAACUGAAAGUGUGGAUUCGACAGGAAAGUGUAAUGCCAAAAUUAAACAUCAUAAAAAAUAUAAAGAUAAACAUCGCAGACAUCAUCACCACCAUCAUCAUCAUCGUCACCACCACCAUCAUCAUCAUCAUUCCAAGAAACGGAAGCACAGGAGACGGAAUGUUAAAAAUAUUGUGACUCGUGGCAUUGCUAAUGAAAACAUUUUCCCAUGCAGUACCAAGAGUAAGUCGUUCAAAAACCAGAUAGAAUUAGAGGUGUGCACAAGCCAUGUAGAACAUUCCAGUGUUAUUAAUCUACCUCAAAUUGAACAAAUGAAAUAAGGAAAUUUGUUAAAAAUAUUAUGUGAAAAUUAUGAAAUCGUAGAUGCAUUUUUUAUCAUGUGUUGGUGAAGAGCCUUAAUGUAUUUGCAAAUAUGUAAAAGUCAUAUAAUUACAGUGAUGUGAGCAGAUUUUCUACAUGUGCUACAAAAGCUAAUGUAAUGUUUUCUACUGCCAUUUGCAUAUUAAAUGAAUUUUAAGUGAUCAGUGAAUAAGGUAGAUAUGUUAUGUAACAUAGUUUGCUGAUGUGUAAUUUUUUUUUUUUUUUUUAAUUCAAGAAAAGUGGGUUUUUUAUGUUUUAAGUUUUUAAUAGAUUUUUUAAAACUAAACAAAAGGCGGCCAUGUCUGUUUGAUUUUCCUCAAUGUUUUGCUGUUAGUUUAUUUAAAUUUUUGUGUAGCUUUAGUUUUUUUUUCAUAAAAAUAUAAUUACAACUCUAAUUCCUUAAAUAUGAACUUAAAAGGAAGUAGUAAUUUUAAUCAUGAUUAUAGCAAAAUUUUUAAGUGUGAAUGAUUAUAUCCUUUUCAUAUUUCUUAUGAACUGUAGAUAUUAUGUAUGUUUUUAUAUAUAGAUAUAUAGAUAUAUAUAUGUAUUAUUUUAUUUAUUUUUUCCUGAAUUUCAUAAAAUUAUUGAAAUAAAAUUUAUUAUAAUUAGGGAAAGCUGUCUGUAUAAAAAUUGCAUAUUGUUUUUAAAAGUCUAUAUUUAUAGAAGUUUCUUCUCUCAUUUUGCCAUUUCGUCUUGCUUUUCUGCAUAAUUUUAAUUUAUUCAUUCAUUUAAAGUUUUUAUUUAUUUAUAAUGGAGGUAUUGUAUUGUUUGAGCCCAGGAGUUAGGCAGUUAUGAAAGCUCAUUUGUAAAAUUAAUAACUGACUUAGUUGUAUAAUUGCUGCAAACCUUUAUCAUUUAUCAAAACAGUCAUUUGAUAAUUGAUGAUUACUUUGUGGUGAAAAAUGCUUUAAAAUACAACAUUUUCGUUUCAGAACUAGGUAGUAUAUGCCAUUCUUACCCACACCUAUGAAAGCAGAUUUUGUGAUUUCUUUAAACCUGAUUAGAUUUUAAAUAUAUGCAUUUAUUUCAAUUUAUAGAAGAAAAUAUUUAGUCAAGGAGGUUAGAAUGGAAGAAGGGAAGGUUCACUGUUUCUUCUAUUAUCUGAGAAUGAAACCUACCAAACAAGCAGCGACCAUGUUUGGAAACUUUAAACUUUGCUCUCUGGCUUCAUGUACUUGUCUCUAUGAUGUUCCAUGCAUGUAUUUUCCAGUAAAAAUACAUUAAAUUUCUAAUGGAAUGUUAUCUAUGGAAGUAAUAGAGAAAAUAUCUUUUUUUACUAUGUAAAGGAAAUUAUCAAGAAAUAGUGCAAAAUCCAAAUAUAUAUAUAUAUAUAUAUAUAUAUAUAACAUUUAAAGCCUUUAAAAUUAUUAUUUUAUUUCUGCAUAUUUCAAGGAUUUGUGCAAGUUUUUAUUAUAUACCAUUUGAGUGUUUAUCAACUUUUCCGUUAAAAACGGAUAUUUCUGAUUUCACAAUUUUCAUAAUUUAAAGAAUCAUAUUAUGUUAAAAUGUUUCAGGAAUAGAAAAAGUUAUUUUAAUAUGCUUUUAAUAGUUUAGCUUUAAGCUGUAAUAUACUAAAAUAAAAAUUCACAUGUUUUUUAUUGGUUAAAGCAGUGUCAUUGAAAUAGAUCAUUAUAUGAACUAAUUUUAGAAGACUGGUACUUUAUGUAAAUAAUAUUUUACACGAGGAACAGGAGAAACGUGGUAAUUUUGAUUCGUCUUCAUUCAAUCAAAUACCUUCAUGGAAUCAUAAAAUCCAAAAUGUUAAAACAAAUAGAGAUGAAAUUUAUCUCUGAUCAAAUACACAAAUUAUAUUCAUAGUUCACAAUACAUAAAAAUGAAUAAUACACUAAAAUUAAUUUUAUGUAUAAAUUUUAUGAUUCAUAAAAAUUGUAAUAAUAAAUAAAUUUUUCAUGGAACUUAUGAAACAAAUUCUUUAAAAUGUUCAAAUACUAUAGUUUAAACCUUAGCAUAUAUCAUUGCUUGUUAAGGAACAAAGAUACCAGUUAUAAACAGAAACAAGACAAUGUAUUUAAUAUAAUUUGAUUCUUUUAUUUUUCACAUAUGGAAAAAAAUACAGCACACUGUUAUUUUUCUGCAUUUUACCAAAUUACAUAAAAAAAUUAAUAUUUAUGCAUGAAAUGUAACACCAGGAGUUUAAGUUUUAUUCAUAUAUCCAUAUGCAACACAAGAUCCCAUACUUCAAAAAUUUAUAAAAACAUGGCAGUGACAAGUCACCUUGCAUGAGUCUACUGCUUGGGCAAAUAUAGACGCUGAGGAUGAAUUUUUUGAGUUGAACCCUACCUCCUUAUAUUCUAACCUCUUUGUAUUUAGCAUAUGCAGAAAAUUCACAUGGCAGAUAUAUAAUUUCUGAAGAUCUGUAAUACUGGAGUUGCUGGUAGAAAGAAAGGUAGAAGAUUCAGAAUUGUUAAUUAUAAAAUAAAAAUUAAAUAUCAAGUGUUUAAAAAACACUUUUGGGUGAUAGUUUCAAAUCUCAUUGAAGAUGCUAAAGAUGAGAACCCCUUUUUGGCAGAUGUUGCCAUUAUGAGAAAUAUAAGAACUUCCAUGCAGCCUAGAAAAUAGCCAGUACUGCUAUAUUACUAUGGAAGAUUUUGAAUUUAUCUUUUAAAUGGAGCAGUAAAUUGCUUAACAAAUUGAGCAGAAUAAAAGUACAACAAAUGCACUUUUGAUUAAUUUUAAACCUUUUACUUAUAAUGCUAUGCCAAAUUUAUAUAUUUAAGGAUGUAUUAUUAAGAUUCGUAGCAUAACUGAUAAUAGAUUUUGUAAUGUUAUUUUGUAUGCCCCAAUAUUGAACCAUUUAUUGUCCUUCUCUUUUUUUGUUUACUUUUAUAGAUAAAAGUUACAUGAAUUAGAAUAUGAAUUUGCAUGCUAAUUUUAUAACUUAUAUUGGUUGUUUUAAAUAUGGUUAUUAAAUUUUUGCAUAGAAAAUAUACUUAUUUCAAUUACUUUAAAUUGUGGAUUUAUAUUUUAAACUCAAUACUAUCAUAAAUUUCUCUUGUAAUACUUUGCUAAGCACAGUCAUACCCUACAUAAUAAAAUAAAAAUUUGAAAAAAUUGUAUUUCCAUAUCAGAGUAUAUUCAUAUUGAUAUGUUGCUUCAAAAUGAGCAGUUAAACAUACUUAACAUUUUUUGCUUGAACUUCUGGGUACAUUUACAAUUUUAUUUUCUUAAUUUUGGAUUUUAUUGGAUUAAUGUUUCUAACAUUUGUGAAAUUUUUUCAAGCAUAAUUUUUCAAAUCAAGAUCAUUUCAUUUUUUGAGUAUGUGAUAAAUGUUAUGCUUAUUAAAUAUCUCAAAUUUUACAAUGUCUUGGUAUUUGUGACAUAUUUUACUUUACAUUAGUCAUAUAUAGAUAUAGUUAUUUAUUUUAUAUUGUUUUCUCAUAAAGCUUUGAAACAUUAUGAUUUGAAAGUUUGUAGAAUUGUUUCUGAAUUCAACCAAGUGAUAUAAUCUAAGAUAAUUUAAGCUUAUACUUGUGCCAUCAGUCAUUUACAGUAUAAUAUAUGCUUUCAGAUUUUUGAUCUGCUUUAACAAUAUUUAGCAACUUCUUAUCCGCUUUAUUUUUUCACAUUUUAAAAUAUAAAAAUUUCAUUUUGACAAUCAUUUUUAUGAUGAUUAAAAUUUUAUUUCAUGAAUUGAUAUUUUUUUGGAGCUAGGAGUUUCUGCUGUUAAUAUUUUGAUAAAAUAAAACUUUUUUAAAAACUAAAAAAGUGUACCAUCUAGCAGUAUAUCUAAAAAUGCCUGUUUUUCAUUUAAUUUCAAAGGAAGCUCGCUUUUUCUGCUAUCGAACCUCAGAUGUGUAAAUUUCAUGUUACAGUAACUGAUAAGUUGCAUUACAGGAAAGUUGGUAUAAGAAAUGUUCAUUUUGUACAUAUUGAUUUAAAAACUUAUGUUUUGACAUAUAUAUAUAUACAUGUACACAAAUACUUAUACAGUCCUCACUUAUAAUCUGUACUUAUUGAGAUAAUAUACCCUUUUAUAAAUGUCUAUAAUGUACAGUACAAGUAAAAUCUUAUUUUUUACGAAGAAAGUUAGUUUCUUUCAGUUCUGUAAAAAUGUGUAUUAUACCAAUAAACUUCAAAGUAUGUGGCUUUUUAA